GCUUCCCCAGGAUAUGGAGAGUGGAGCCGGCAGUUGUUUCGAUUCGCUUACUUGUUGGCGAUAGCGAGAUCCGCGGUGCGGUAAACUCCACCCCGACUACGUAUCUUCUUAAGAAACGAAACAUCGGGGUCAAGUCCGACAUUGUGGGGAAGCAGACUGACAGGUUGGUUCCCCUCAUCGCCCAAGUCCGUUCCGAUGUUGAACAUAAAACCCCAAUAACAGCCGCCAUGGCGAGUCGAAGGAAUCUCGGUACCUUGGGUGUACUUUGAUGCAGUAACUGAUGCACCAUGAGACUGGGAACAUGUCGCGUCCUGGCCCUGCUACCGGGCUUGCGCCUGGGCUUGGCUUCGUCCAGUAGCAGUGGAAGUGUUCACGUCCCCCUCGACGACUUCUUCAACAACAAGGCGUUUGGCUCUCGUCCCGGCGAAGCCAGUCUUGACGCUCUUGGACAGGCUCUUCCAGCAGACCCUGUUGGCAAAGACGGUGUUUUCACCUCGUCCACCAGCGGCAUCAGCUACCUCUAUCCUGGGUACAACCCGGAUCCAGAAGCGUCAGAUAAUAUCAUUUGUGCUGGGCAGCUCAUCCAUGUCCCUCCGUCAGGCAAAUACUUUGCUGCCUCGGUCCUUUUGACAUCCGAUGUCCGGUCCACGACUGUCUCGGGCAACUUGACCUUCAUCUACACUGACAAUACAACAUCCACUGCCGAGGUCCGUGCUCACGCCUUUUGGUGGUUCUUGGCUAUCCGGAGGGGGGAGGUCAGCUACCCCUAUUUCUUCACGCACAACGACACCAACCACAACGCCUCGCACAUCUAUGAGCGAUAUGCCCACGUGGAGAGUGGGAAGACACUGAGCGGCAUCAGACUGCCUAACACGACGAAUUCCACAUCAGGUCGUCUGCACGUCUUCUCCCUGUCUCUGUGGGAGGCUGAUCAACCCGGCAUUGAGGUUCAGACUGUCAGACCUACCCAGAACCUCGACGCGAACGGCAAACAGAUCGUGGAAAUUGUGGCCAAUCAUGCUGGCACAGCGUGUACGUCUGAUAUUGAGGUUUCCAUCGAGGCGGACGGGGUCAACACAGCGGAGCCUGCCAUUGUGAAGAGGUUCUGCCCUGGCGACCAGAAGCGAAUUCAUGUUGCUGUUGACGGAAGAUCGACUGGUGACGCGACCGUCCAUAUGAGCACGCCCAGAGGUCUCCCAGUCUCUCAAACCAUGAGCGACGUCACUAUAGGUCUGGAGGAAUGGACGGCGGACUCAAAAAGCCUGGUCAGUCAUGAGGCGCCCAGCUGGUACGACGGUGCCAAAUUCGGCAUCUUCAUCCACUGGGGUCCAUAUUCCGUGCCGUCAUGGGGCAAUUCGACGCCUUUUGAGAGUUACGCCGAGUGGUUCUGGUGGUACAGCACCCGGAUCAACGAGCACGCUGCGGCUGACAGGUCCGGCUUCAACGCAUAUCGCCUCGAGACCUUUGGGCCCGACCUGAACUACGACGACUUUUUCGCCAACUUCACCGCUAGUGCGUAUGACCCAAAACAGUGGGUUGACCUCAUCUCGGAUGCGGGCGCGCAGUACUUUGUGCUCACGACGAAGCACCACGACGGCUUCAGCCUCUUCGACGCGGGCGCUACCACGAACCGGACAUCUCUCCAUUACGGGCCAAUGCGUGAUGUGCUUAGCGAGCUAUUCGAGGCGGCAAAGAUGCAUCAACCACAUUUGAAGCGAGGAACAUACUUUUCUCUCCCAGAGUGGUUCAACCCGGACUGGGGCAAGUACGGCUUCACCCAGUACGACCGAGUCACCUCGACAUCGCAUCCGGGCAUCAUUGCCAGGAACCCGUACACAGGACUCGAGGAGCCCUACACUGGUCGCCUGCCGAUCGGUGACUUUAUCGAGGACCUGAUGGUCCCGCAGAUGGAGAGGCUCGCGUACCACUACGAUACGGACAUAAUGUGGUGCGACGCCGGCGCCUCCAACGGCACGGACGUGUUUGCCGCUGCCUGGUUCAACUGGGCACGAAGCCAGGGGCGGCAGGUGACCAUCAACGACCGCUGCGGCAGCCCGUGGGUGUCAGACUUUGACACGCCCGAGUACGCGACGUUCAGCGUCCCGCAGCGACGCAAGUGGGAGAGCAACCAGGGCAUGGAUCCGUACAGCUAUGGCUUCAACCGGGCGACCAAGGAUGAGGAGAUUAUGAAUGCGACGACCGUGGUCCAUAAUUUGGUCGAUAUGACGAGUAAGAAUGGCAAUCUUUUGCUGAAUAUUGGACCCAAGGCCGAUGGCACAAUCCACGACACCAUGGCGACGAAUCUGAGGGAGGCGGGUGCCUGGAUUCAUGCGCACAGUGAAGCCAUACACAAUUCGACCUACUGGUACGUCACGCCCCAGGAGACGACGGGGGGCAAAGACUUGCGCUUCACGCAGCGCAACGAAGCGUUUUAUGUCUUGAGUCUGAACAAGCCCGCGGUGGGACGUCUCGAGAUUGAGUCUCGGGUUCCCGUGAUGAGGGGAGAUCGAGUCGUGGCGCUGAGUAUGCGAGGUGAGGUUGACGUGACAUGGGGGAUGGGAGACGACGGCCGGCUGUGGAUUGACAUUACGGAGGAUGUUGUCACUGGCGAUAAAUAUUGCUGGGUGUUCAAGGUGGAGUAUCGUGGUGGAAGUUGUGGUGGAUGGUGAUGUCGGUGACCCAGGUAGGCUUGGUGAAGACGUCCAUUUCGUUUGAAUUUCCAGUAUGUUCUUUGGGCAAAUGGUUGUUGGCACCGGUUGACACCCGGAAACUUGCAACUCAACGUGGGUCACCCGCCGUGGGCAAUAAUGACAUGCACUAUUUCUAUAAAACAUCAACUCAGU